ACGACCCAACGGCCACCAGGACGCGAAGACGCUCUAGCUCGCCGGGCGCACUCGUUGCCCGGCGCCUUGGGAUCGGGCGCUCUAGCCCGCGUCUGGGAUCGGGACUCUUAUCAGUUUUUCGCCUACGUCGGACGAACGAGGUUCCCCAGCAGCUGAGGGUCCUACCUAGCACUCCAAACUCUUUGCUCUCAGAGGACCCAGUGGGAGGAGGACUCAGCUCUCAUCCGCCAUGGAGCUGGCCCGCCCCCGCUCCAACUUUCAAUCAGACUUGGAUUUCUGCCCAGAUUGUGGCUCAGUCCUGCCGCUGCCUGGAAUUCAGGAUACUGUCAUAUGCCCGCGCUGUGGCUUCUCCAUCGAUGUGCGAGAUUUUGAAGGGAAGGUUGUGAAGACCUCAGUAGUGUUCAACAAGCUGGGGGCUACCAUACCUAUGUCUGUGGAAGAAGGACCUGAAUCCCAGGGACCGGUGAUUGACAGGCGCUGCCCUCGAUGUGGUCACGAGGGAAUGGCAUAUCACACCAGACAGAUGCGCUCAGCUGAUGAAGGACAGACUGUCUUCUAUACCUGUAUCAACUGCAAGUUUCAGGAAAAGGAAGAUUCUUGACCCCUUUUUCUGGCAACCCAGCAACAAUCCUUUCCUCCUCUUGGAAGUGAAGAUACUGGCCUUUGAUGCCUUCUUGGUCCCCUCCGGUUACCAUGCUUUGUUCUCAGAAUAAGAUCGUCGACCCAGAAUACUCCUCUCCCUUUUGAAUUUACUAAAGUUAUUUUUCUAUGAAGCCUUGA